AUGGCGAGUCUUCCUAGUAUCCUUCCCUCCGCCGCUGAAUAUCGUCAUCUUGAGGCUACGUACGGCUUAUCCUCUGUGGAAGGCAUGGAAUAUCCUUCUCCUGGUUCUUGCAUCUCAUCCCCCCUCUGUGUGCAGAUGUUGACCCCAAAUUCCCUCAACAAGGUAGUAGCUUUCAAAAUGAUCUGCAGGGCUAACAACUAUCUUCCCGACUACUUUGUUUUUAAAUACUUCUUCAGAUUCUGCGUUACCAGAGAUAAGUAUACUUUUUCAGUCCGGCGAGGGGGACACGCUCUGGUUCCCGACGGGCGGACGCCUAAGAAUUGGCAAGGCAAAUGGCUAUGGGUAAAUCAAGAGUUGUUCGGGAGUGGGCGAUAUCGUGCGACUGCCUUUGCUGAUACCAUCCCCAAACUUUUCCCUCACAAUCAGGGUAUCGCCGACUUCCUGAAGGGCAUCCAAAAGGCCGCUGCUGGUGUUGGGUUUGAGGGUGUCGGUGCUUGCCUUCCUGCUGAUGGUCCUAUAGUAAUGUGA